AUGAAUUUCUCAUACGUCGAGUUCCCCUUUACUGUCGAUGCAAACACCUUUAAGCCAUAUUUCAAUGCAAGCAACGUAAUACUACCACGAAAGCGCGACAAAUCCCUGCUUGUCAGCGAUGGCCAGCGUGCAACAGAUAAGGAGGGCCGGCAGCAGCAGUCAAAUCAACCGGAAUCACUGCGUCAUUUGGCGCUCGAUGCCAUCAUUGCCAAUUGGAAUGGUAAUAAUUUCAUUACGAAUACUACAAGCAACAUAUUUAAAUNCUUCUUUUGGCGCCGUUGUUGUCAGCAACGCUGGAAGCCCCACCACCACACCAAUAGCUUGACACAGGCACAGCCAUGGAUUAGCAUCUACAUGCAGCGACAUCUGCAGGAGUUCAUCGAAUGCAUGGAGACGUGCGAUUACGAACAGGAACAGACGCAAGCGGAGUUGGACAUUUGUGCGGCAUAUGUAAAUCAACUGGAGAUAAAGUGUUUGCAACCUGCCGCCGAUGGACGUAAUG